AAAGGGACGGGUUUUGAUAACAAGUUUAAAUCAACAUUUGGAAUCAGAUACUUAAUUACUUAUUGGUACAUUAUACUAUAUUUGUAUAUUAAUAUAUUAUACUGGAAAAUAUGACAAAAAGUAGAGUAGGAGGUGGUUCACCAAGACGGCGGUCCAGCUGGACGAAACACACCAGCUACCCAACAUUACAAAAUGAAGAACAACUCCAUAUACCGGCUGAGAUAAGUUCCGGCACCCGAGCAAAUAUCAGAUGUGCUGAAAAACGACUGGACGAGAGUAGAAAUCGUCUAAAUAGUAUGCAGAGAAAAAGUCUUGGUCAUCUGGACUCUCAGAGAAAAUUGCUAGAAAAGUCGAUGUUAGCCUAUAGUGAAAAGAUGAAGGAUAUCGCAAGUUCUCGCGCUAAUGAACUAUUCCGCGAGAUCCAAACUAGAAACUCAUCACGUGAUGACACGAGAGUUAAGUCACCAACACAUUCGGUUAAAUCUAAUCGUAGUCUCCCGGCAAAACUGGUGGCUAAGCGACCCAUUGACGAUCAUUACAGAAAACUUAAAGGUUUCCAUCAAGUUAAUAUCUAUUCACCAAUAGAAGAAAGAUCUAAAGAAUCUUCGCCAGUGCCACGAUCAAGGUCAGCACCACGGCAUUUUGUUCGUUCAUCUACAUUUUGCCAGUCGGGUCAUUCUCCUGAUACGGAAACACCCGAGUCCAAAUACAGCAACAGAAAUAGUAUAACAUGUAUUACAAGAAUCAAAGUAGAAACAGAUCAUACUGAUUCUGAUGUGCACGGUAAGAAGAAAGUUUACCCACGUGUAGCGACUGGUUCAAUACCGUGGUUAAAGAAUGACGCUAACGACAGUGCGUACAGCUCGGCGUCCGAAGAGCUGGAGUAUUCUGAUACAGCCAGUGAAAAAUCUGACAAUACUUGUAAAUCGUUUCAACAGAAAUCAAACAGUAAAACUGAAAAUCUUUUAACAGUGCCAGUAGUUCAUGUCAGAAAACAGAACCGAAAACCACGCAGAAAAAGAAACACAAUGGACAACAAUGACAAAACGACCUCUCACAGUCACAGUCACACUAAACAGGCAUUACAUUAAUACCAAGUGUAUAGAAUAAAUAGUUGCAAUUAAGACACUCGAGCAAGUCUCAAUUUUGAAGAAAAGAAACAUCGAAGGAAAAUGAAGAAAAUAUAGGAGAAUUUUUAAGCUUGAAUAAUGAUUUGAAUACUUUUUCCCGGGCAUAAGGAGUUCUUACUGCAACCAUAUAUCGCAUAUUUCUUUUCGUUACGAUUGUGGUCUUUAAGAUAUACAAAUUAAUUGAAGGUAAUUGUUAUAUUCUCGUUGGGUCUGUCGGAAAUCUUAUUUUUUAUUUCGUUAAGAUUUUUAGGCAAGAAACGUUCUCAAUUUUAGGUAACAUAUUUGAUUUUUCAAUGUAUGUAUCGUCAGACUUAUAUUUCAUUUCGACAGACAUGUGGGCAUGGUCAGUGUAUGUUGUUACAGUAUAAUAAAACAUGUUUUUUUAUUCUAGUCAGUAAGCACUUACAGAUAAUACAGUAACAUUACAAUGUUCUAACAUAUCAUGUCAUGUUCAUAUUGUUUAAAUAUAUAUUUUUGACGAAAGAUUAAUUUAUCUAUUGCUAUAAUUUUCGGGCAUUAACUGCCUUAUAUAUUAUGUGUACUGUUUAUGACGUUGGCUAAAACCCUAAUAUAUUAUGCAGAUGAAAUAGAAAUAAAAUGUUUAAAGCCA